GGCACCGGAGGUGGCUGGGAAAUCGUGUUCUUAUUGGAUAAAAUCUACCCGUCCAUCUGUCCCACACAAACUCUGACUGAAACCUAUCAGACAGAGAGCUGUGUAUGUGCUUACACUAGCUGUGAGAUUCUUGGUAGAGGGUAGUUAUUGACUGCGGGCAUAUUACAUGUGGUACCUUAUCAAAUGGAAAUCUAAAUAUAUAGUUUCAUGACCCUUGCUACAAUCCAAACACCUGGUUGCUAAAAUGUUUGUCAGGCUUGACUUUCCGUUGCAAAAACCAUGUUGAUAUCCCUUGGAAUGUUGUUAUUUAUAAUAAAUUAUUCUAACUUGUCUCUAAUGAUAGAUUCCAGUAUGUUACACGUGAUACAAAUUAAACUAAUAGGCCUGUAGUUUCCUGGGUCAGUUCAGUCCUCUUCCUUAUAUAUUGGUAUUAUAUUACCUUGCUUCCAGUCGUCCGGUAUUCCUACAGUUUCUGAAGAUCUGAAAAUACCUGCCAGUGGUUUAAGAUGCUCUCACCUAACUCUUUGAGUACUCGUGGCUAUAUUCCUCACAGAUGGGAACACUUUGGGUUUGGGGGUCGUUUGUAACUGAAAUAUCUGUAAUUUUGAAAGUCAAAAUAAUCUACUUGAAAUCUUUUUUUUCCCCUUUGGAUUAGCUACUAGUAUUAAUUAAGGCCAACGGCCUGUUUUCUAUCAGUCGUAAAUGUGGGCUAAGUAACCAACAUGAUGCUUUUCUAAAUGCUGUUUUAUGCUAGAAACUCACUGUUGAGGUAACUUUCUAAUCAUGGGGUGGGGUGAGUGCAGCCUGUAGAUGAACUGUGCUACUCCUUUUUGGUGGCUGUAAGGGAAAUGGAGUCUUAUGACAUGGGGCAAGUUGAGCCAGUGGCUCUUACAUUACAGAGCACAAGUCAUCAUGAGAUGAGGACAGGUGGCCCUGAAGCCCAUACAGAUACUGGCCGACCAAUGUCAUGGUCUGAGUGUUACUAAACGCUGGCAAAAGUUUGGAAUUCUGAGUAGCGGUAUGCUGAGUUACAGUAAUUACAGUAAUGUUGUCAUUUGGAAGUUUAGGUUUUUAAGAGCCUUUAUAGUACUUUAUUAAGUCAGGUCACAUAUGGUGCUAUAACUUGCAUAUGUACCUGAAGAAUAGGGAGGUGCUUCAGAGCUGGAUUCAUUUCAUUUGGUUCUGUUGGAAACAAUGAACAUAAAAAUGAAUAGGUCUAGAUCUUACAUUCAUCUCUGUGCAUUUAACGUGCUGGCUAAUUUGGGAGCGAGACGGGGACAGGAAAGAGGGUGAACGAAGAGUUUGAGAAAGGGAGAAAGGGAGCGAGAGGACGUGGGAGGGUGAGAUUUGAGAGAGAAAACAAGUGGCCAGAAUCCCUCUCUCUCUCUCUCUCUCUCUCUCUCCCCCCCCCCCCCUCACUCUCUCACUGGCUCGCUCUGAGGAUGAUGUCAUCCCUCCCCCCGCCCGUCUGUUGGGCCGCUGACGGGGCUGUUGUUAUCUGCGCAGCGGCUGGGCUGGGCUGAGCUGGGGCUGGUUUAGCGGUGCCGUGCGCGGUGGCGGUACGCGGUGCGCGGCGAUAUGAGUCCCCGCUGCAUGCUGCUGUUUGUGUUCGGGUGCGUGGGCGGGGCGGCGGUGGUCAACGCCGCCGUGGUGGUCUCGCUCUCCGUCCUGCUGCUGGUGCAUUACUCCGUCUCCACCGGCAUCCCUGCCCUCACUCAGUCUCUGCCCCGGAUCGGCAGGAAGGAGAGGCCGCUGUCCCUGGGGAUAUUCUCACUAUCCACAGGGGGCGCUGUUCACACCCCUGAACCUCAGAGGAAGGCGGAGACUCCUACCACAGACACAUGGAAGUGUAACAACCUCAACCAAUCACGGGGUGGCACCAGCCUCAAGCAGCCGGAGUCUGAGGGGCUAAAGGGAAAGAGCUCGCAGGACGCCUGGGCCAACUCGUUGGCUGACGAGAGCAAGGAUGAGCUGUCUAAUGUCAGCCACGGGACCACGGCCAUGUCCACCACGGACACGCCCCAGAAAGAGGCGGGGUCAAAGGGGAUGAACAUCAGCUGUAAGAACAUUGAGGUCCAAGCAACGCCUGGCACCAGGACUGUGUCUGCAGGUGCAGCGGAAAACGAGACGUCGGACGUGCAGGCCAUCAUAGAGUCCACGCCUGAGCUGGACAUGGACCCGGGGGGCAGAGGACCCAGCUCGCCGUCCGGGGGCUUUGAGAACCUGGCCUUCGACCGCAACACGGACUCCCUGUUCGAGGAGCUCUCCUCCGCAGGGACCGACCUCAUCGGGGACGUGGAUGAGGGGGCAGACCUGCUGGGGAUGGGCCGUGAAGUGGAAAAUCUCAUCCUUGAAAACACACAGCUGCUGGAGACCAAAAACGCGUUGAACGUGGUGAAGAAUGACCUCAUGGCACGUGUGGACGAGCUCGGGUGCGAGAGGGAGGUGCUGCAGGGGGAGCUGGAUGCGCUCAAACAGGCCAAGACACGGCUGGAGGACAAGAACCGCGAACUGGAGGAGGAGCUAAAGAAGGUCCGGGCCGAAGUGGAGGAGGUGAAACAGAAGUCUAAAGAUGAGGAAGACGGAGACCUCCCGACUGCGCAGAGGAAGCGCUUCACACGGGUGGAGAUGGCGCGCGUGCUGAUGGAGAGGAACCAGUACAAGGAGCGGCUGAUGGAGCUGCAGGAGGCCGUGCGCUGGACCGAGAUGAUCCGAGCCUCCAGGGAGAACCCAACACUCGCAGAGAAGAAGAAGUCCAGCAUCUGGCAGUUCUUCAGUCGGCUCUUCAGCCCUUCCUCCAGUAAUGUGGUUAAGAAAUCCGAGCCGUCCUUCAACGUGAAGUUUGGCCCUCCGGGCUCCCAUUCCGGAUCCACGGGGAUGAAGAGGAGCAAAACCCUGUCCGAGCUCCCCGGGGAUAAAUCCAAAGUGUUCGACUUCCUCAACGAGGAAGGUGCGGGCAGCCCGGCGCUGCGCAGGGAGCACAGGAGAGCGGCGCACAGGCAGGUGAAGCCGCAGGUGCAGAAGCAGGACGGCCGGGUGCAGGCCCACGGCUGGAGCGUCCCGCACAAGCACAAGGCGACCAAUGGCGGGCAGGCGGAGGCCAGGAUGAAGAAUCUACCCGUGCCUGUGUACCUGAGGCCCCUCGAAGACAGAGACACGUCAAUGAAGGUGUGCUGUGCUGCGGGCGUCGACCUGUCUGGCGGGGGGGCACGUGAUGUUCCCGGGGAAGACGCCAAAAGCCACAAGCAGAGGAAGGGUUCGCAGAGCAGUUUGGACCAGCCAGAGCAGGACCCCCAGGAGGGGGACGCAGAGCCACCCGAGGAGCCGUCGAGCCUGGUGUGGAUCUGCUCCAGCUCCCAAAACGAGGCCAAGAUCACCGUCCUGAACGCCAAGGAACCAGCGCACCCCCUGCAGACUUUUCCCGCCCACAGCACACACAUACUGUGCAUCUGCAGCGUCCCAGGUGUUCAGGACACAGACUACCCUGUAGGAGAGGAGAUCCCUCUGCAGUCGCAGGAUGAUGUCACCGCGUCAGGCAGUGAGGGCAUGCUGGGUAACAUCACAGCAGUAGGCUGCACAGUGGAGGGAGGGGACGGGGUGGCAGCCAUCGCCAUGGAAUCCAGCGCCCCCCAAACUGAGCCCAGCACAGGGCCGCCCCUAGAGCCCCACCCCUCAGAGGAUGAUGUCACUGCUGCAGAGGAGGCUACUGAGGCCACAGAAGCCAGCGAAGGGGGUGGCGAGGGAGAGGCGGGAGAGGGGGAGGGGCUUGACAUCAACCGGCCAAUCGUCUUCACAGAACAUGUGUUCACGGACCCCCUGGGGGCACAGAUCACAAAAGAUGCCCCAGCUCAUCCCUACAUGCAGAGGGAGGGGGAGGGGUCAGGGAGCGGGGGGGCUGAGCUGGAAGGGAGCGAGGAGGCGGAGCCUCACAUGAGCAGCGCCCUGCCUACCAUGUGGCUGGGGACUCAGAGUGGAGGCCUCUUUGUUCACUCGGCCGUCUCUCAGUGGAAGAGGUGUCUCCAUUCUAUAAAGCUAAAGGAGUCGGUGCUGUGCAUUGUCCAUGUGAAGGGGCGUGUCCUGGUGGCUCUGGCUGAUGGGACAUUGGCCAUAUUUCACAGAGGCUCCGACGGCCAGUGGGAUUUGACCAACUACCACCUGCUGGACCUGGGCCGGCCGCACCACUCUAUCCGCUGCAUGGCUGUAGUCCACGACCGCGUGUGGUGCGGGUACAGGAACAAGAUAUACGUGGUCCAGCCCAAAACCAUGAGGAUAGAGAAGUGCCUGGAUGCGCACCCUCGGAGGGAGAGCCAGGUGAGGCUGCUGGCCGGGGCGGGCGACGGGAUCUGGGUGUCCAUCCGGCUGGACUCCACGCUCCGCCUCUUCCACGCGAGCACCUACCAGCACCUGCAGGACGUGGACAUCGAGCCCUACGUCAGCAAGAUGCUGGGCACAGGAAAGCUGGGAUUUUCUUUUGUUCGGAUCACUGCUCUGAUGGUGUCCAGCAGCCGCCUCUGGAUUGGAACUGGGAAUGGCGUGAUCAUCUCCAUCCCUCUCACAGACACUGACAGGGCAGGUCCGCCGGCGGGGAAUCGGCCGGGCAGCGCCGUGCGUAUCUACGGAGACGAGCACGGCGAGGUGGAGGCCGCCGCCACGUCCGUGCCCUUCUGCUCCAUGGCACACGCCCAGCUCUGUUUCCACGGACACAAGGACGCAGUCAAGUUCUUCGCUGCCGUUCCAGGUCAGGUGAUUCCCCCCGCGGGGCCCGCAGGGGAUGCCGGGUCUGAGGGGCCAGGCUCCUCUGAGCCCCAGAGCCAGGAGCUGGUGAAUCCCAUGCUGGUGAUGAGCGGAGGAGAGGGAUACGUGGACUUCCGGGCAGGGGACGAGGGGGCCGAGACAGAGGAGCAGGAUGAGUCCAAACCAGCAGCCCAACCUGCCACCGACCGCAGUCACUUGAUUGUCUGGCAGGUCAUGUGAUCCCGGCAAGUCAUGUGAUAGCCAGCCUUGUCCGUGGGGGCCCAUGGGUGAGGAAGAGGAAGACCUGUGUGUUCUACCAAGGAGGCUCAGAGGCUCUGCACGUUUCUGUGUUUUUUGAUAUACAAAUUAUAAUUGUUACAUUUUUUUAUUACUGUUGAUGAAAUGAUUUAGUCUUUUUUUUAUUUUUUUUUUACUUUGUGGCAGUAAGAUUGUGAGGGCCUAACAGGGCAAAGGGGUGUUGGUGAGGUAACUGGGGUUGUCCUCCCCUUUUAAUCUAUCCUAUCCCUCACUCUGCCUUCCUCCCCCCUCCCUCUCUGAUGCUUGCUUUCAUUCAUUUUACUAUUUAAAUCCUUUAUGGAGGGAAAGGGAUUCAGUGAUUGGACGCCGUUAUCUGCUGCCCCUGCCACUCUUCCGUCCAGCUGUGCCAUGGUGAUCUUUCUUUGGGAGAGAGUUAACAAGUGCAUGCAUCUGUACGGUCUGCACUACACACUCCUACCAAUAUAUGUUUCGACAAACAACACUUCUUUGUACUUUUUAGGAUUUUCUCUGAGUGUAAAAACACCAUAUAUAACAUGAGAUUAACAAGUGUCAAGUAACACUAAAGAAUAAUGGUCUCCUUUAACAGCUUUUCUGUCCACAUUUUCUACUUCUCAUCUUUAAAGAUCACAAAAGGGAAACCUGUAUUUGUUUCACAGGGAAACUAAAAUGUAACUUGCUAUGUUGCAGAUAAUUAUCCGCAUGCCACAAGCUAUCGUUUUCUCGACUGCAUCUUUAUUAAUUGAUUUCAUGUUUUGUCAAAUGCAAUCUGAAACUUGUAAGGAAGUUUUUUUAAAUGUAUUUUUUGUACUUUGUCAGUAAGACGAUUUAAUAUGUUUGUUCUCUGUAAUAUGAGGGACGUUUCAUGUAUUGUCUGUAAACAGGGUUUGGGGAAAAGAACAAAACAUAUCACAGUGUCAUUCCAGUAUUUAUUUUUUAUGAACGAAACUUUGUGGAUCAAGGAUUUAAAUUUGUACAUGAAUUGUAUAUUAGACAUAUAUUGUUUAAAAAAAGGAAAUCUUGUAUGGUAUGGUUUGUGGGUACACAUUGUGAUCACAGAGAUGCAUAAAAGAUCGAGAGGUGAAGUGGCUACUAUGCUAAGACUCCUGAAUCCUGUAUAGAUUAUCAGACUGCACAUUUGUUGUACUGAGCUAUGCAUGUUUCAUAAAACAAACACAGCAGUGUACGUCUUGUGGCCAGAGUUGUCAUGGUCACCGUCUUUGGUCCCAUUUUUGAUUUUUGGGUGGGCAGAACUUUUGGCUGCUGGGCGAUAGUCUGCUAGCUAACGUUAGCCUUUCACUAUAACGGACAUGGAAUUGAGCAUGAAGGGAAUGACAUUCCCUGGAAUACCCAAUGAUAAUGACUGUUAAUACCAUUAAUGACCAACAGUGUGGUUUUACCCUUCAUUGAAUUACACAGCAGGCUUAUGGCCCUUCGGACCAUAAUACAAGAAUACAUAAUGCUCCAUGAAAUACCUUUGCCAGUGUUUUGUGUUAGUUACAAUCCUUUAAUGUUAAUUGUGUCAGAUUGGCACCCGGGCACAGACGUGUGGCUGAACAUCUGAAGGUAAUUUGUUAUGAACGUUUCAAUAUUUUAAAUAUGGCCCUUUUCCAGUCUUUUGGGAUGAGUAAGCUAAGGUUGGCUAAUGGACUAGCGCUAGGCACAUAUCCUGUUCUGUGGAGUUCCAGAUUUGUUUAGGGAGCGGUGCCCACAGCCUCCAGAGGCUUGUUGCCGUGACAGCAGUUUCUGCUGUUAGGUCUGUAGCUGAAAAGCAUCAUGGCCUUAAUUUUAAUAGCAUAUUAAACAUGGGGAAUUUA